UUGUUUGUUGACUGUAAUAUUAAAUACCUAUGGUUAGGGUAUAUAGUAACCUAAAAUUUUUAAAGUAUAUUGUGACUUUUUAAAAUAAAAAAUGGGCGAAGAAGCUACAGAUAACAAUCCGUUACAGAAAAAGCAAAGGAAAAAACGUAAAAACUUCUUGAAAAGUGCUAAGAAAUAUGCAAAAAAAGGCCAAAUGGGACGCGGUACACAAAUACCCCAGGAUCUGUUUGAUUAUUUUGUGAAAAUUCUGGAAACUAUUAAGCAAGGAAUUGAAGAUCCAGACGAACGACAUGCCCUGGUAAACAAUGUUUUAGAAAGAACCAAAGGUGAAGAGUUAAAUAUAGUUGGGAAUCAGUUAGGCUGCCGUCUGAUUGAGCUCCUACUACCAUAUGCUUCACCUGAAGAUCUGGAGCGCUAUAUGGAUACACUAUCACCAGAUCUACGUCGCCUAUGUUCAGAUAACUUCACCAGUCACAUUAUAGAAACAAUGUUACGGGUGUCCUGUGAGAGAGCGACUGAGCAUUUACAGAUCCUUGAUCAACUAGAUGAUGAAGUACCGAAAAAGAGGCGUAAAAAAGAUUCAUCCAAAUACACAGAUGAACAUAUAACAUCAUGCCAUGAAUUUACACUAAAGAUAUGUAAAUAUGCAUUAAAUAACUUGGAGGAUUUUGUUUGGGAUCAGUAUGCUAAUCAUAUAUUGCGUAGUUCUUUAAAAUGUUUGAGCGGUAUUGUAUUGCUGCCAGGGGAGAAGCCAAAAGUCAACAUGUUUGUAGAGAAAGUAGGUAAUCUCAGUAUACCACCGCAUGCCACUGAAAUGAAGUACAAAUUUGUGCCAGAUGAAUAUAAAGAGAUUGUUAAGGAGUUUGCAAACAGGUUGUCAGCAUGGCCUCAGUUUAAAGACCUGCCGUAUAAAAAUAUAACUUCUGCAUUAUUACAAGUCUUAUUGUACGCAGUCAAAAAUACAGAUAAAAACCUAACAAAGACUUUGAUUAAGAGACUCUUAAAUGAGAGCUUUGCCCCUGACGAUUGGGUUCCGACGACGGGAGACGAUGAGAAGAAAGACAAAAUUGAUGUGGAUUCUGAGGAAUCAAAAGAAGAGAAGAAAAAUGAGGGUAGUUUACCUCCGGUUUUUGAGAAUGAAUCUGCUGUGAGGUUGCUGGAAGCAGCAUUGUUUGUGUCCAAGAAGAAGACAUACACGCAGAUAUAUGCGCGCUGCUUCAUCAACCGCCUCGGGCAGCUGGCCACGAGGAAAAUGCUCAACUUUACUGUCCAGAGGCUUAUUGACAACUGUCACAUAAAAGAAGAGUUUGAGCCAAUGUUUGACGAGUUGGCGAGCAAAUACGACGCGAUACUGGCCUGCGGCAACACUGGCGUAUUGGUGGCCGUCGCCAAGGCGUGCUUGCGGAUCAAGACCAAACAGAUGCAGUUCUUACAGAACUUGGAGAAGGCACUCAACUGCACCGAUGCGGACAAUCAGAAACACUUUGCAGUGCAGUGCUUAAAGAUGGCGCCACUGCGCGCUGACGUCACCAACAAGGAAUACUUCAUACACAUUCACGGUUCGGUCAUAUUGCAGACCACGCUGGACUUUCAGCGUCCAGCGAAAGUGGUGUCAUCCCUCCUGGAGCUGUCAGCUGACGAGUUGCUGUACAUCUUGUGUGACACGAAGGGCUGUCACGUGGCGGACUCCUUUUGCAAGGGCCAGUUCGUCGGUGUCAAGGCCAGGGACAAGCUUAUUUGGAAAUUGAAGGGUUACUACCAGAAACUGGCACUAUCCCAGCACGGUUCUCGAGCGUUCGAGCAGAUCUUCGAGGUGGCAUCUUUGGAGCAAAAGGUCAAGAUAAUGACAGAGUUAUCAGACAAAAGCAACUUGUUAAACAGCACUAACUACGGACGCCUCAUCGCCACCAAACUGGACGUGGCCACUUUUAAGACAUCUCAGAAAAAGUGGGAGAAAAGUAGGGGCAAGAUAGUUGAUGAAGAAUAAAGAUUUUUCUAUUGUA